AUGGUACUUCAAAAUCCUCGAUGUAGAAAAAAUGACUUUAAAAAGACUCGUGAUUUAACAAAUCAUCUUAACAGAAAAUUUAAGUAUAAGCAAACUCAAAUACCCAACCCAGUUCAUCCACCUAACCCUAAUAUAUUCAGACCUCAAUCACCAGCAUCUAAUCCUCCAUCUCCUCUAGUCUAUGUUCAUGAAAAGGAAGGAUCUAAAAGAGGCCAAACAAUGCAUUUAUCUAUAGAGGAUUUGGUUAACUGGCUUGUGAAUCCUAAGAUAAAAAAUAACCCAACUAUUAUUAAUAAAAAG